GUUCAGUCACGAUGGGUAAACUGGGGAUUUUGGUAGCUGUAGCCGUGUUUCUGGAGACGGUCUCUGCGACGUCUCUCGGGACGGUGUACACAGAGGGAGGUAUGGUGCAAGGCGAGAACAUUCGUCUUGGCUUCCGCCGUCACAUGGACAUCUUCAAGGGGAUUCCCUUUGCUGACAUUCCUGGAAGGUUUGAGAAACCAAAGCGUCACCCUGGCUGGGACGGCGUCCUGAAGGCCACUCAGUAUAGGCCGAGAUGCAUGCAGGUGAACCUUAUCAUGACUGACACCAGAGGCAGUGAGGACUGUCUUUACCUUAACAUCUGGGUUCCUCACGGCCGCUCAGUGUCCACAGGUCUGCCGGUCAUGGUCUGGAUCUAUGGAGGAGGCUUCCUGGCUGGAGGUUCGAUGGGUGCUAACUUUCUGGACAACUAUCUGUACAGCGGGCAGGAGAUUGCAGACAGAGGAGAUGUUAUUGUGGUGACGCUGGGAUACCGUGUGGGCUCUCUGGGCUUCCUGAGCACUGGCGACUCUGGCUUACCUGGAAACUAUGGUCUGUGGGACCAGCACACCGCCAUCGCCUGGGUGAACAGGAAUAUUCGCUCAUUUGGAGGAGACCCAGACAACAUCACCAUCUUUGGAGAGUCUGCAGGUGGAGCUAGUGUCAGCUUCCAGACUCUCACUCCCCACAACAGAGGGCUGUACAAGAGAGCCAUCUCCCAGAGUGGGGUCGCCCUUUGCCCCUGGGCUGUCAACAAGAACCCCCGCAGGUUCGCUGAGGAGGUUGCACUGAAGGUCAACUGCCCCACCGAUCAGUCUAUGGCUGCCUGUUUGAAGAUGACUGAUCCUGCUCUCCUUACGUUGGCUGGCAGUCUCAGUAUUUCCAGCUCACCUGAUCACCCUCUCGUAAACAACCUGGCCCUGUCUCCUGUGAUCGAUGGCGACUUCCUGCCGGAUGAGCCCUCCAAUCUGUUCCAUAAUGCGGCUGACAUCGACUACAUCGCUGGAGUCAACGACAUGGACGGACACCUCUUCACUGCUUUAGAUGUUCCUUCAGUCAACUCCCAACUGGUCGACACCUCUAUCGAGGACGUCAAAAGGCUCCUGGCGUCAUACACUAAGGAGAAGGGAAAGGCUGGUUUGGACAACGCCUACUCCACAUACACCUCAACCUGGGGAUCAAAUCCCAAUAGGGAGACCAUCAAGAAAACCGUUGUGGAGAUUGGGACAGACUACAUCUUCCUGGUUCCUACUCAGGCUUCCCUCUAUCUUCAUGCUGCCAACGCCACGACUGGCCGCACCUACUCCUAUCUCUUCUCUCAGCCCAACCGUAUGGGCGGCAUUGGCAGGCCCUACCCCAGCUGGAUGGGAGCUGAUCAUGCUGAUGACCUGCAGUAUGUGUUUGGAAAGCCUUUCACCACCCCACUGGCCUACUGGCCUAGCCACCGUGAUGUCUCCGGCUAUAUGAUCGCCUACUGGACCAACUUCGCAAAAACUGGAGACCCCAACAAAGGAGGUCUGAGCGUGCCUGCUACCUGGCCAAAAUUCACCAGCACUGGACACCAGUUCCUCGAGAUCAAUUCUAAAAUGAACAAGAACUAUGUAAGGCAGAAGAUGAGAAUGCGUUACGUGCAUUUCUGGACCAGCGUGCUACCCAACCUUUCUGUAAACAUCUCAGAAUAAAGAGCUUGUGCAAUCACCUGUGCACAGUGUGGACCUGAACUAUUACAUCAGUAUUGAUUCAUGAAAAAAUAAAUUGAUGACGAAUGCAAAUUA